AAGCAAGAAGAGUCCAAAGUGUUUCACUGUUGUCCUAGGCUAGGGCAGGAGAAACUUCGUUUUUCCUGCUUUUAACCUGACUGAAACUUCGCAUAUCGAGGUAUUUGCAAGGAACAGUUGAUACGUUCCUCAGUAAGUCUUACUGAAGCGAGGUAAAGAGUGAAAAGACGCUGAUCACCGAUACGGAAAGAGUGUCGACGAUCGCGAUGGUUGGGAGAGGGGCGUGGUGGGACUGUGGACUUGUCCUAGUCCUCUGUACCUUGUUUUUCUCGUCUGGGGAAGGUCUACCCUUCAAGUUCGCCUCCGUGUAUGGGGACCACAUGGUGCUGCAGCAGGCCCCCCACAGGGCUGUACUGUGGGGACAGGGGGACCCUGGUUCUAAUGUCACUGUCCAAAUCACCCCAGGGAACAACGAGUACAAAACAGUCAACAGUGAUGCAGGUUUGUGGAAUGUGACCCUUGACCCAAUGAAAGCCGGUGGACCGUACAUCAUCACAGCUAUCCAGUACUUCAAAGGUGUAACACCGCUAGAGGCCAUCCGCAAAUUGUUUGAUGUCAUGUUUGGUGAUGUCUGGGUCUGUAGUGGACAGAGUAACAUGCAGUUCACAGUUAUGAUGGGGUUCAACUCCACAGAGGAGAUCCUGGCAGCUAACAACUACCCGCACAUCCGCCUGUUCACGGCAGGGUUGGUGGGUUCAGACACACCCCUCAGUAACCUGGACAGGGUGGAACAACCCUGGUCUGUGGCAAGUGCAGCCAGUGUAGGUGGCGGCAUGUGGAACUACUUCUCGGCGCUGUGUUGGUUCUACGGGCGUGAUCUGUACGACACACUUCAGUACCCCAUCGGCUUGGUGGCCUCCAGUUUUGAGGGAACUCCCAUAGAGUCCUGGUCCUCACCUGAAGUUCUGCAGAAGUGUAAGGUUAACGAUACCCUGUCUAAAAUUGAUAAACUGUCUGUGAACCAUCUAAAUAACAUCCCUGGUGUGUCUGGUGACCACCAGGACUCUGUUUUGUGGAACGCCAUGAUUCACCCCAUUCUCAAUAUGACCAUCAAAGGAGCCAUCUGGUAUCAAGGUGAGUCCAAUACUGACCACCCAGACUCGUACCUGUGCCUGUUCCCUGCGAUGAUUGACAGCUGGAGAAGCAGCUGGUACCUGGGCACAGGUGGGCAGACUGACCCCACCUUCCCCUUCGGCUUCAUGCAGAUCUCAGGAAACGUUCCAGGCACAGACCUGGGUUACCCAGAGAUCCGCUGGCACCAGACGGCAGACUAUGGCUAUGUGCCCAACCCUAAGAUGGAGAAAGUCUUCAUGGCCGUGGCCAUGGACCUGUGGAGACCUGACUCACCAUGGCUGACUGUCCAUCCCCAGGAUAAACAGGACAUGGGCACCAGACUGUCCCUGGCAGCCAGGGCUGUGGCAUACGGAGACAAGACCAUCAGGUUCCAGGGACCGUUCCCCUCCAGUCUGGAACUGGGAACCAACACUAUUAUUGUCAAAUAUGGAGAAGAGGCAGGACACAUAGAGGUCAGGUCAACUGGUGGGUUUGAGGUGUGUUGCUCAUCUGUGAAGAACACCUGCGAUGCAGCCACGGCCACCUGGGUGGAGGCUCCGAUGGUACAUGCCAUCCGUCCAAACGGCACCGACAGUGUCACGGUUUCCACCGACAACUGUCACAAGAUUGUCACAGCUGUUCGCUAUGCGUGGAGGGAAACCCCCUGUAGUUUUAAGCAGUGUGCUGUGUAUGGGAUGGGUUCUAUGCAGGUUCCCCUUCCUGCUCCACCAUUCAUCAUGUACAUGAGGGUUCCACAUGGUUAACAUGACAAGAGCACAAGCAGGCUGUUGAAAUUUGUUCAUUUUUAUGACAUCAAGCCCAUUUCAGUUUGCAAAAAGAUUUGAAUAGCACCAUAAAAUCAGACUGGAGUACAAUCUUCUUAGCUUUUUAGGUAUGGGCAGGGUAGCGACUGUUGGAAGUGGACUAAAGCUAACAAUACUGGACUCCAGACUACCACAAAAUCGUUUGCUCAUUCAGAUUAGUAAUACAUGUACUCUUUUUAUUUGUCAGUGCACCAGAGGACCCUGCUGCAUAUAAUCUAUCUCAGAUGUUUUCCCUUACAAUUGUUUCUGAUGAGAAAGCCAAGUAAGGCACUUGCUGUAAUGUGUCUAUGAUGGCUGUUUCUUCAUUGGUAAAGUUAAGUACCACUUUUCCAUGACAAACAAAUUUCCACAGAGCCAUGUUGUAAGCAGAUAGACUUGUUGAUGACAGCUAUGUGUCCUUCUUGCCAUUCAUUGUGUCUGUAUUAGUUCAAUCAUAGCUGCCGAAUUGAACAUCAUAUGACAAAUGUGAUAUGUUUGGAAAUUAUUUGAUUUUUUUCAUGUUUUUUUCUGGAGACUUUUGUAAAAUAAAAUAAAAAAACAAUUAUUACAUUAACUGAAGGUAAUGCUGACUGUACAUGUAUCAGGUAGAAUCCAGCCAAUAUUUACAUACGAUUGAUGUCGGAUGCUGCUAAUGUCAGAUUCAUGGAAGAUUUGGUGCAAUAUUAUUCUAUAGUUUGUAUUACAGUAUACCUGUUAAUCCCAAGUUGAUGAUGAAGAAAACAAUCAUGUGCAAUAAAUAUCUGUAAAGAUA